AUGGCCGCCCCCAAGACCGCCGACACCUUUGUCGUCGGAACGCGCAAGUCGAACCUGGCUCUGACGCAGACGCAGUUCGUCGCCGAUGCCCUUGCGCUCCGCAACAGCGCGCAGUUCCCCGUUCGCCACAUGACGACCGUCGGUGAUCGCAACCAGACUACGCCCCUGCAUCUCCUGCAGCCGUACCAGAGCGGACAGCCCGCGAAGAGCCUGUGGACGGACGAGCUCGAGGCCGCCCUUCUCGACGGACGCUUCGACGUCCUCGUCCACUCGUGCAAGGACGUCCCGACGCUGCUCCGUGACGGCUGCGAGAUCGCCUGUCUUCUCGAGCGCCACGACCCCCGUGACGCCCUCGUCGUCAAGAAGGGCCUCGAGUACAAGAGCCUCAAGGACCUGCCCAAGGGUGCCGUCAUUGGUACUGGCUCUGUUCGCCGUAUCGCCCAGCUGUCGCGCGCUUACCCCGACCUCAAGUUUGCCGACAUGGGUCUGUCGGAACGGGCGGCUACCAUGCCGUGCGAGUUGCAGCAGAGCCCUGCUAGUGCAACCAGGUCGGGCGAGCUUCGUAAUUCGGCCCAGGUCUCCAACACCUGGCCUUUGAGAGGAGGGUCUUAA